UCUAUUACGCUCAGUCUCUCUCGCCAUUUCUCCCAAUUCUCACAACACACAUCGCCACCAUAGCUAAUCUCUCUUCACUCCUUGAAUUUCAAAUUUCUAGUGUUCUUCUGCAGGUUGUGGAAUCGCUUAAUCUAAGGUUUUAGUGCAAAGGUUCUUCUCCAGGAUGUUUGUUGGUUGCACAUAUGAUGACCAUGGGAUUCAAGAGGCAGGAAUAGUUCAACAAGAAAUACAAGUUGAAGAGGAAGAUUGGCAGCUAAUUAGGGCUGAAAAUACAGACCAUGGUGAAGAUUAUGGCUUUGAUGACCAUCCAAGUUAUCCUACAGACAAUGAGGAUAAUUCGAAUGAUGUUGGUGAUCAUUCUAAUGCAAUCUAGCGUAAGUUCUUGUAGUGCGGCGAACUCUCCAAGUUCGCCGGUGUAUGAGUGUCACGGCAUGGAUUACGAUGACUAUGUACAGCAGAUGAUAGGUACCAACCCAUAUGCGCCGGGUUAUGCUCCGCUCGCUCCAGCUAGCUCUCCAGUUGCAGAUAGUUUUCAUUUUGUCCAGGAUGGCCUAGAUGUUCAGGCCUCCUAUGGUUUUUAUCCCUUUGAGGUGUUGACCGGAAGUGACCCAUUAGAGUUUAUCGUGUAUUACCCCUACCCAUGGAACCCCGGUUCACCAGAGUAUUGGGACGAAUGGUCCAUGGUUAAUACCACCUCUCACUUCCUAGACCAUUUCACAUGGUUUGAAGGCGAGUGGCAUUUAGUCUAGGGCGAGUUCACAGGUCCGGUGUACCGCUGGAUAGACUAGGUAUUAUGUCUUGGGAGA